GAGGAGACGCAUGCACACACACACAUCUACACAGUCCCUCUCACAUACACACUCACAGCUGUUGAGGCUUCUCUCUGUGAUAAACGCCGGGGCAGCCGAGGAGAAUCUGCUGGCGGCUCGGAGCAAAGAGCGUUUCUACGGACGACCUGCGCGCAGAAGUGGACCGACUGGUUUUCCUGAUCGCAGCCCGGCUCUCACUUUCCGUCAUUCAUAUCCCACCCCUUCUCUCUCUCUCUCUCGUCUUUUCCCCGGCUUCUCUCUGGGAACGAACUCCGUAUUGGAUUUUUGAGGGCAGACUGCGAGCAGCGGAGGAAAAUAGAGACAUGUGUUUUGCCCCCGCUGCUUCCUGAUCUCUCCCAUUCACUGAGCCAGGAGGAAACACAAGGUGAGAGUCAGAGCGGCGGCCGUAGAGCGAGCGAGAGAGGUGAAGCAGGCAUGAGCACGGACGGCCAUCAGGAGGUGGUGACCACGCCUCCCACGCCGAGCGGAGGGACGAAGGAGCGCUACUUCGACCGCGUCGACGUCAACGACCCGGAGUACAUCAGGGCCAAGAACAUGUCACCUGACCUCCGGCACGACUUCAAUGUCCUGGACCAGAAGAAACGCGUCACGCAGAUCUUGCAGAGCCCCGCCUUCAAGGAGGAGUUGGAGAGUCUCAUCCAGGAGCAGCAGCGGAUAGGGAACAACCCCUCCGGGCUGCUGGCCCUCCGGCAGAUCGCUGACUUCUUCGUGGCCACGUCCGUGGCCGGCUUCAACACCUCCCCCCUCAGUCUGGGGAUGGUCACUCCCAUCAACGACCUGUACGGAGUGGAGUCCAUCACGAUGGUGAAGGGCGAGCGGCUGGCGCGCUGUAAGCUGGCCAGCACGUACAGACUGGUGGACCUGUUCAGCUGGGCCCACCUCUCCAACUCCUACAUCACAGGUCGAGUCAGCAAAGAGCAAGACCACAUCCUCAUCAGCCCCAGAGGACUGUCGUUCGCUGAGGCGUCCGCAUCAAAUCUGCUGAAGGUCAACAUCCUCGGCGAUGUGAUCGAACAGGGCUCCACCACCCUGAGGAUCGACCCCGCGGGCUUCAGCCCCCACGCCGCCAUCUACUCCAUCCGUCCAGACAUCCGCUGCAUCCUGCACGUGCAAACUCCCGCCAUGGCUGCUGUGUCGUCCAUGAAGUGUGGCAUCCUGCCCAUUUCACAGGAGUCAAUGAUCCUGGGUGACAUCGCCUACUACAGCUACCAGGGCAGCCUGGACGACCAGGAGGACCGCAGAGAGCUGCAGAAGGCCCUGGGCCCCACGGCGAAGGUUCUGGUGCUGAGGAAUCACGGUGUAGUUACUCUCGGGGAGACCGUCGAAGAGGCCUUUACCUACAUGUACAAUGCCCAAUACGUCUGUGAAAUCCAGGUGAAGGCCAUGGCGUGCUCCGGCGGCGUGGACAACCUGAUCCUGCUGGACUCGGCCAAGUUGAAACCUCAAGUCCAGAGCGUCGUCAAGGACAUGUCGGUCAACAUGGGCACCACUCAUAAGUGGAAGUUCGGCGAGAUGGAGUUUGAGUCUCUGAUGAGGAUGCUGGACAACCUGGGCUACAGGACCGGUUACACGUACAGGCACCCCAUCAUCCGAGAGAAGCCCAGGCACAAGAGCGACGUGGAGAUCCCCGCCACGGUCACAGCGUUCAUGUUCGAGGAGGACGGGGACAGCUGCGCCACGCGGCUGCCCUUCAAGUUCCUGCAUCAGCGGCAGCAGAGGGAGAAGACGCGCUGGCUCAACUCGCCCAACAGCUACACCAAGGUCAGCGUGGAGGGCGGAGACGAGCGCUACAACAGCCGGACAACCACGUGGAUGAAGGCGGAGGAGACGGGAACCCCGAUCCGGAUCGAGGACCCCAAUCAGUUUGUCCCUCUCAACACGGACCCCAGCGAGGUUCUGAAGAAGAGGAACAAAAUCAGAGAUCAGAACCGCUUCGACUUGAUGUCGUCCGGGCCGCGCUCUCAGCACCUUGCAGGCAUCCCUGUCGAUGAACCACGGCGGCCAUACGUGCCCACAGAGGAGGAGCAGAUGGCUCCGCUGCCUCCCAACCCCUUCAGUGACCAGACAGAGAAGGUGCUGCAGGAGUACCGCACGAACGUGGAGAGGAGGCAUCUAGGCCCCAAUGGUGGAGAGCACGAGUUAACCUCCGACGACGGCUCCACUCUCUCUCAGUCUCUGUCUCUCAGCCAGUCGCUGCAAAGCAAUCCAGCUAAAGAAGACAUCCACACGGGCCUGAUGAACGGCAAAGACAGCCACGGCGACGUGGACGAGGAGCUGUGCCGGCGGGUCAGCCAGCUGACCACCAGCGUGGAGAGCGUGGAGGUCACGGUGCGCAGCUGCGGGACGAUCGAGGAGGCGCUGUCCCCCGAGAGCUCGCCCUCCAAGUCCCCCAACGCCAAGAAGAAGAAGAAGUUCCGCACCCCGUCCUUCCUGAAGAAGAACAAAAAGAAGGAGAAGACGGAGGCUUGAGAGCAGACGGGGAGGCAGGAGGAAGAAGAAAGAGCGGCGGCGGCCAUCUUCUCUCUUUUGAUGUCUUUGUUUUUGUUUUGUCUCCGUUUUCAACGUCCUUUUUAGUGUUUUAAAUUUUAUUCAAAUCUUUAACAAAAGCUUUUAUGUGCAAAAAUGGCCGACAAAACGGAUCCACGUAGAGAAACAAAAUGACUUCAACAACAGCAGGAACAGAAAGGCCUCUCCCUCUGCCGGGAGACGUCAUGUGAUGACGGGGCGGGCGCGCGGACGCACACGUUCGCGCUGACUUGGGGGGGUGUUGUGCGUCGGCAGCACUCCCAGCAGGCCUUUGGUUGAGAUCCUGAAUAACUGGCUCCUCCCCCGCCGGUUCCCAGGCCGAAGAUAGAACUGGAAAACCGCCUCGCUCGGAGAAAAAAAAUCCAAUUUCAUUCGGUGAUUACAACAUCGUUGUCAAACCGCGCGCGUUGAAACUCAAAUCUUUGUGUUUUUUAAGUUGAGUUGAGUCCCCACCGAGACCCGAGAGGCCUCCCGACAUUCGGAGUCACACUGGAGAACCGGCCUGAGGAGAUGCGUUCAGCUUCCGACAGACGUCGGGUUAGAAGCCGGACCGGGCGGCGUAGCGAGGACAGGCGCCGGCGGUUUCUCACAACUCGGGCGACGUCAUCGCGCGGAAUAUUUAUGUAGCAUUUUCACAGCUUCUCUUCCUCUUCAUCUCAACGUUGUUAUUGCCAAACUAAAAAAAAGAGGAGAGCAUCUCAUUUGGGUAGAGCGUCGCCGUUUGAGUCCAGUUUGUCAUCUCGUGAAAUGUGAUCUUCUUUUUUUUUUUUAUUCUACACAAAUUUGGUAUUAGUCGACUCUGUUUUGUACUCACGUGUUAUCUUUUACAGAGAAUCACAGCAGCUACGCACGUUUUCUCUUUUUGUUGUUGCAAGAACUGAAUUUAUAUGGCCGACUACGUUCUUUAGCGAUGCCUGAUUGCCGACAUUAUAUUCUAAUCUUCAGAGUACACAAAUUUACUAUAUUAACGCAGAUAUAUGAAAACUGGAUGGUAUGUCGGCUAUAGAUUUUUAACUAUAUAUUUUUUUAUUUUAUUGUCCUGCACUUUUCUCUCGUGGUAUAUAAACCCAUUUCAGUUGCAGGUGGUUUCACCAGUGAAGGAGGUUGUGAAGUAAUUUGAUUUUUUUUUUUAAAGAAAGGUGCGCAAGUAGCGAGGCGUGACGUCGGAGAACAGUCAGAACCCCGGAAGUGAGUCGAAUGGUCGUCUGUCAUUGGUGGAAUGAGAGAUCGCCUCUUCUCAAUAAAGCGAAACAGGAAGUGGAGCGUCGAAGUACCAAGUCCAAAUACGUGCAGUCGCCAGCUGAGAUGAGUCACGUGGUCGGGAACGAGGAGCUUUUGGUUUGGUGUGUGUGUUUUUUGAGGCCAUGUGACAUUUCUUUUCUUUUUUCCCCCUCCAUUGUUUUUCAUGAUGAGACGAGGGUUGAGACCGUCGUCUGCCCGCUCGGGCGUCGAGGACCCGAACAAGACCUCUGUGACUGCAUCGACCCCCCCCCCCCUCCGUGCCCCCAGAACUUCAUUUCUUUCUUUUUUUCUUUCAGUAGCUUCAUCCACAGCAGCUUUAUUUGGCAUUUAGUUCCUCCUGGACCUGGAACAUGACAAAUGGGUGGGGGGAGGACAUAUGGACAUUUUUAUUUGUAUUAGAUCGCUCCUUGGGCCCGGUCGUCAUUUCAGCUUCUGAAGCCCCCCUCUACCCCCCCCCCUUGUGUAAUUUGUCCAGUAAACACGACCGCGCUGUAACUGUCAGAUGACCCACGGAUGAACUCUGCAGAGCCAAAGUGUAAUGGGUCGCCACAUGUAUAACCCCACCCCCCAGCAGUGUAACCAGAUGUACCAAUAUCCCAGCUAGCAAUGUGAAGUAUUGGAUUGUGUGUGUGGGGAGGGGUCUCUGGGUGUUCAUCGAUAGCGUUUGGCUCUCGGCAAAGAGCUGCUGAGGAGAGGGGAGGUGUGAGAUCGGAAACGGAAGUGCAUAUAUAUUUCUAUUUGUGUGUGAGGGGAGGAGGAGGGGGGGGGCAGUGGGUAGAGACAACCUGACACUAACGCACCAUCUUUUCAUCACUCAGAUCUUCUUCUUCUUCUUCUUCUUCUUCUUCUUCUUCUUCAUGUACGCUUUCUUUUAGUUUACAGAGAGCGCUCGGCUUAUAUAUUUUUACUAACUCUUUUUAUGAGCAAGUUGCUCCCAGGUGAGCUGGAUGCGUUGGAUCCUCGUUAUUUUCUCCUCUUUAGUUUCCGACUGUUUGCGCCUCGCUUCACUAACGCUCUCCACCAACCUUUGUUUCUCUGUUAAAGUAAAUAACAACGUGUUGCUUUGGCAUGCCAGAAUGAGCCGCGCUACUUUGUGACCUGUGAACAUCCCAUAAUAAUGGUUAUCAAAUGGAGUUGCUUUUAGAUGUAUUGCUAAUCCGUGUAAAUUCACAAAUAAAGCUGUAUUUUAAGAAACGGAA